AUGGCUGAUGAGUUUAAUGAUCUUCUAGCUAAUCGUACUUGGUUUCUUGUUCCUCGCCCUCCAAAUAUCAAUGUGAUUGGUUGUAAAUGGGUAUAUCGGGUUAAGCAAAAUUCUUAUGGAUCUCUUGAUCGAUGUAAGGCUCAUUUAAUAGCUGAGGGAUAUACACGGUCUUAUGGUGUGGACUAUAGUGACACAUUCAGUCUGGUGGUUCAUCCUGCUACUGUUAGACAGGUUCUUUCUAUUGCCUUAUCUCGUGGAUGGCAUAUCCGUCAGUUUGACGUUAAAACUGCCUUUUUUAAUGGUUUACUAACUGAGACUGUUUAG